ACCCCCACCGACGCUCUACCCUUCCUUGCCCCAUCACGAAGACUAGAGCACCGGUCACUCAGAUAUCGAAAGAGAAGGCACCAUGGCGGACGCGGCCCAGCGAGUACUCCUGAAUGAGUUCAAGGCGCUCAGCAAGGAGACAUGGACCAACAUCGAGCUUAUGAACGACAACGUCUUUGAGUGGAGCGUGGCCCUCAUCGUACUCAAUCCCGACUCCUUCUACUAUGGUGGCUACUUUAAGGCCAAGAUGACCUUCCCCCGCAAUUACCCUCAUUCCCCGCCAGACUUCAAGUUCGUGCGACCGCUCUACCACCCCAACAUCUACCCCGACGGCCGCCUCUGCAUUUCAAUCCUGCAUCCACCUGGCGAUGACGAGAUGUCCGGCGAGCUCGCCGCAGAGCGCUGGUCGCCAGUACAGCGCGCCGAGACGGUGCUCCUCUCUAUCCUCUCGCUCCUCGAUGAUGCCGAGACCUCCUCGCCUGCCAAUGUCGACGCUAGUGUAAUGCUGCGCAACCAACCAGAGCAGUACAAGGAGAUGGUCAAGAAGGACACCGAGGCCUCGAAAGCGGAUGUCCCUGCAGGCUUCGUGAUGCCUACACACGAGACAGCUUGGAAGCGCAAGGAAGAGGAAGGUGACUUCGAAAUGAGCUGGGAGGACAGUGACGUCGAGAGCUUUGGCGGCAGCGAGAGCGACUUCGACGAGGAGAUGGACUCCGACUUCGAAGGUGAGGAGGACGAAGACGAAGAUGACAAGUAGCCUGCUCACUGGCUCUGUCUUCGCUCAUUUCCUUCGAAUUCGGUUUCUGCAUCUUAUGGAUUUCAACAGCGCGGCGUCUGGUCUUACAGGUGUCUCACAGGGCUGGGGAGA